UUUUUCGUCUGAUGUGUACCAACUGAUUGGAAUCUCCCAUAGCGCUGCGGCAAGCUUCUAAUGUGCAAAUAUCAUGGUGUGCGUGUGCGUGUAUGUGUGUGUUUGCUGUAGGAAAUGAUGGAUAGGCUGCGUUCAAGCUGUGAUAUGUAAAAUAGUUGGAAGCACAUUCAUUUUUAUUUAUUAUUUAUUUGUUUAAUGCGCUGACGGUCUGAAAGGAAGCCUAUGGUAAAUUUUAACGAUAUUAUUCAAAUAAAAAUUAGAAAAAUUAUCAUACUGCAUCCAAAAGCAAAAAUUACGAAAAAUCGUCACAGCUCCCCCUUAAUGCACGAGCAGAAUGACAGGCAUAAAAAAAACUCCCGCGAGCCCACUUAGCUACAGCUAGCGCACAGCGUUCCGGGGCGCAACAAGCGUGACAAUAGAGGCGACAAGUGUUGUUCACGCCGUAGGCGCUUGCGGUGCAUACAGCCGCGGACUUACGGUAAUCCCAAUUAUUUCGGGCGGUCAUCGUCACUCGUUCCUCUUUUCUCUCUCUCUCUCUCUCUCGCUCUUGUGUCUUUGGGUCAGUUCUCGUCGCCGAGCUUCGAGUCGUCGACAUGACUUUCCUCGUAGUGCUUCUGGCGGUGGUCUUUUUCCCGGGGGUGUGUCGCACGCAGGAGUGUUACGACGACGGAAACGAGUUUUGCAUCGAUCAGAAUGACAUACUGUCGGUGGAUCUGCUUCCCGGAUCGUUUCUGCUCAUGGAUCAGCAUUACGCGGAGAACAUGUCGAGGUCCGCGGCCGAUAGUCGUCUCAUCGCGGAUGGGUCGUUCGUUAAGGCCUUCGACGAGAUGGAGUUUCACAGAAAACGGAUGAACGAGUACCUGUGCCACGGAUACAUGGCCGAGGAGAUUUUCAAAGAAAUCGGCGCGAUACGCGCUAAGCGCGGAAACGAUCUGCAAACAGCGAACUCGAUACCCGAUAUUCUCGGCGAGCAAAACGUCACGGUUCACGACAAGCUUCUCUCCGACGAGGGUAGCUCCAAGUACAAAGAUUGGCUGCACAGAACGACGACUUUGGACGACAUAUAUCGACACUACGCGCCUCACAAGGUGUUGAAGAAAAAGCACGAGGUUCACGAAGAUCCCGAGCCAGAGGGUGAGAUCGAGGAGUUCGAGGGAGAACUGACCGGUUACUCCAUGCCUUCGCCCAUGAACACGGGAAAGAUGGGCAAACCCGGAGGAGUUCCCAGCAUGAUGUCAGGGGGAAUCGAAAAGGGCGACAUGCUGUCCUCGCCGACCGGCUACGGUUACCCCAACUACGGACCUCCGAUGCAUCACGACUUCGUGCCGACCAUCCACGAGCAGCACAUCUACCUGCCCAGCCACGACGAUCACGAGGACGACGAGUACCAUCACGGCCCGGUGUAUCACAGCAAGGGAAAGGGUCACGACUUGUCCAUAAGGGACUUUUUCGAGAUAGCUCUCACCGCCUUGGCGUUUUUGGCCUUCGGACUGUUUAUCAUUCAGCUGCUGAUGAACAUCACGAACCCAAUGACGAUGACAACGGCAGCCACGCAGGUGGUGACGGACAUCGAUCAGCGCUUCAAGCGUCACGUGUUCGACGCCCACUCGCUCAACUACUCGGGCAACGAGGAGUUGAACGAAUUGUCGCACCGAGUCUUGCGCUCGAUAGAAGCCGUCCUCGUCGCCCAGGCUGACCACGGCAUGUGCCUGCGUCGUCUACUCUGCGAGGACAAUCGCUUCAGCAGGGACACCAGCGGCGGCAGGCGCAUCUGGAUACCCGUCUGGAGUUUGGGCAUGAGCUGGGCAUCGGGUCGAGUGCUGAAUCGCGAUCCUUGGACGGCGAUGCUGGACUCGGUGAAGGCAUCGGUGCUGGGCCUCGGAAGGGCUAACUGCGCUGCCCUCUAUCCCGAAUGCGAUCUUUGGCGCGAACGAGUCAAACGCCGUCGGCGUAGGAGAAAGUAGGCGGACUGUGCGUCGGUAACGAUGCGAUUCUUCUAUAUACCUGUACAAUUAUUAUCUCUCGUUGAUACUGCGUUGAUGAAGGAGUUUUUCAUGGCCGAGGCUCGGCAUGUAAGGUUAUUGUUUUGAGAAAAUUGAGCUGGCAUCUGAAAUAAAGGCAAAUUCUUAAAUA